CGCCCAGCACCCAAGGAUCCUGCAGGAGCAAGAUGGCCGCGCCGGGGGCGGAGGCUCGAGGUUUCUGGUGCUAGCUAAGGUCCGGGUACCCCGCAGGCCCUUCCUCAAGUACCCUGAACGCCCCGCAGAAAGCAUCGCGUCCCUAGUCCAUAGAUGCAUGUAGACUUCUGUCGUUCUGCCUUUAGAGUCUUCCCCGUAAAGCCUUGGCUGGGACGGGGAACUCGCGACUUUCGCCCGCUCCGAGCUGGAAUUCUGAGGCGGCUGCGGCUCGCGGCCCGCGGCCGGUCUAGGAGGUCCUUUUGUUCCGGCGAGGGCGACUAGCUCCGCUCCAUGCCUUCGGGCGGGGGGAGGCGUGGCCUCCCUCUAGGCCGUCACCUCUACUGGUUGCUCUGCACUGUCAUCUUAAAGCUCUGUCAAGCCGAGGCUUCCGCACCCGAGAAGCUGUCAGUGAGCACCUCAACUUUACCGUGCUGGCUGGUGGAAGAGUUUGUAGUGGCAGAAGAGUGCACUCCAUGUUCUAGUUUCCAGUCUAAAACCACCCCUGAGUGUGCUUCUACAGGGUAUGUGGAAAAAAUCACAUGCAGUUCAUCUAAGAGGAAUGAGUUCAAAAGCUGCCGCUCAGCUCUGAUGGAACAACACUUAUUCUGGAAAUUCGAAGGGACUGUGGUGGGUGUGGCAUUGGUCUUUGCUUGCCUUGUGAUUAUUCGUCAACGACAAUUGGACAGAAAGGCUUUGGAAAAGGUUCGGAAGCAAAUUGAGUCCAUAUAGCCACAUUUCAUCCUGUUAUCCUGGAUAUUACAGACCAUAUCUCACACAGAGAAGAGGAAUGGACUGAUUUGCACCCUUGGUUCUUUGGAGCCUCGUGGUACCCUCUUUCCCCAUCUUCUUUCAGCUCAUUAAUGAGCAUAAUAAAGAAUAAAACAGU